AUGGGCUCGAUCAGCGAGGACGCGGCCAUGGCCUCCGGUAGCGAGGACGCGGCCAUGGCCUCGAGCAACGCGAGCGGCGGCGUGAACGCCACCGACUGGGCCACGCCACACGUAAUCCUCGGCGUCGACAUCAACUCGCUGCCCGGCAGCGACGCCGAGCGCGCUUUGGUAUACUUUCUGCUCAACGUGGUGAUCUGCUCCGUCAUCCCGAUCCCGCUUGCGGGGCCGCUAAUCGCCGCCGGCGCUCUCCUCUUCGGCAUCGCCGCGGGCAUGGCGCUCAACGUCUCCAGCUCUGUGGUGGGCGCCUAUGUCGCCCUGCUGCUGACGCGCAGCUUCUGCCGGCCGUGCAUGCUCGGCGCGCUCGGCAGCAAGGGCAAGGCGCGCUGGCAGGCGCUCGACGCCGCGCUCACCGCCGACGGCCCCGUGCUCGCGCUGCUGAUCCGGCUGUCGCCUCUCUCGCCGAUGGUGCUCACAAACCCGCACUACUUGUGGACGACGGCCGUGGGGAUCGUGCCUGGCAACCUUCCGUACGCCUACGCGGCCAAGGCAACCACCGCUGCUCGGCUGCUCGACGCCUGCUCGCAUCGCUCGCGCUCGCGCUGCGAGCGCGCCCUCGCCAAGCACCGCCUCGACGGCAAUCACGCGCGGGGCAGCGGCACGCUGACCUAG